AUGACGGACAUCGCGGCCCGACGCCGGGCACGCUCGUUGCCCGCGGACCUCGCGACGAGGCACCUGGUGCAGGUGGAGGGCACCGCGCAGUUCGGGGUGGCGGCGGACGCGGUGUUCGGCAGCGCCCGGCUGCGGCGGGGCGAGGUGCCUCGGCGCACCCUCUGCGGGUCCUUCCGGGAGUGGCUGCGGCCGCGCCUCGGGACGGGGCCCGCGGUCGCCUUGGUCGGCGGGUGCCUCGCCGGGCUGUUGGUCAGGAAUUGGUUCACGCGGACGCUCCACUGGCUGGAGUCGCACAGGUCCGUCUCGCUGCUGACGAUGCUGGGCGCCGCCCCGUCCCUGCUGGUGGCAGUUACAGUGGCCGCGUGCAGGGAGGGAGCCCCGGCCGUGCUGUGGAUCUUCAGGCCUGGGAGCGUCGUGCGCUCCUUGCCCAUCUCAGGGGCGACGCCAGGGGGGGGGGGGGGGGGCAGGGUUCGAGGCUUCGAGGUUUUCGGGGAGUGUCCGCGAGGGAAGGGAGACACGGGGCCCACGACCAAGACGUCGCGGUGA